AUGCUGGGCUUCCCGGCGCCCACGCUGGGCUUCCCGGCGGCCACACAGGGCUUCCCGGUGGCCGCACUGGGCCUCCUGGCAACCACGCUGGGCCUCCUGGUGACCGCACUAGGCCUCCUGGUGACCGCACUAGGCCUCCCGGUGCCCACGCUGGGCUUCCCGGCGGCCGCGCAGGGCUUCCCGGCGGCCACACAGGGCUUCCCGGUGGCUGCACUGGGCCUCCUGGCAACCAUGCUGGGCCUCCUGGUGACCGCGCUAGGCCUCCCGGCGCCCGCGCUGGGCUUCCCGGCGGCCGCGCAGGGCUUCCCGGCACCCACACAAGGCUUCCCGGUGGCCGCACUGGGCCUUCUGGUGCCCACACUGGGCUUCCUGGCGGCCACACUGGGCCUCCUGGCAACCACGCUGGGCCUCCUGGUGACCGCGCUAGGCCUCCCGGCGCCCAUGCUGGUCUUCCCGGCAGCCACACAGGGCUUCCCGGUGACCGCACUGGGCCUUCUGGUGCCCACACUGGGCUUCCUGGUGGCCGCACUGGGCCUCCUGACAACCACGCUGGGCCUCCUGGUGACCGCGCUAGGCCUCCCGGCGCCCACGCUGGUCUUCCCGGCAGCCACACAGGGCUUCCCGGUGACCGCACUGGGCCUUCUGGUGCCCACACUGGGCUUCCUGGCGGCCGCACUGGGCCUCCUGGCAACCACGCUGGGCCUCCUGGUGACCGCGCUAGGCCUCCCGGCGCCCACGCUGGUCUUCCCGGCAGCCACACAGGGCCUCCCGGUGACCGCACUGGGCCUUCUGGUGCCCACACUGGGCUUCCUGGCGGCCACGCUGGGCCUCCUGGCAACCACGCUGGGCCUCCUGGUGACCGCGCUAGGCCUCCCGGCGCCCACGCUGGUCUUCCCGGCAGCCACACAGGGCUUCCCGGUGACCGCACUGGGCCUUCUGGUGCCCACACUGGGCUUCCUGGCGGCCGCACUGGGCCUCCUGGCAACCACGCUGGGCCUCCUGGUGACCGCGCUAGGCCUCCCGGCGCCCACGCUGGGCUUCCCGGUGCCUGCACUGGGCCUUCCAGCCCAGUAUGAUAAUGCUAGGCUUGUCCCCAUGUGA